AUGGGAAAGAAAAGAAAGGCUGGCCGUCCAGCGGCUCAAGCCGAAGCUCCUGCAGUCACCAAGUUCAACGUCGAGGAGCGCUUUGAUGACUCUGAAGAUGAGUUCCAGAACGGCCGCGACCAGAUCCUAUUAGACGAAGCUCCCGAAGCAAAACGCCGUCGCAGACUGGCCGAAGAAGACGAGGCUUUCCAAGACUCCGACGAAGAGAUUCUCGGAUACGAUUCUGCCGACGAAGACGAGGACGAUUUGGAAGGCGAAGAAAAUUAUGCCGAGGACGACCUUGAUGACGAUGAUGAUAUGAACCAAUCAAAUCGCCAUGAUGCAGCCGAUUCGGACGAAGAAGGAAUUGCAGAAUGGGGCUCGUCAAAGAAGGACCUGUACAACGCAGACCAAAUUGAGACUGAAGUCGACGCUCUUGAAGAAGAACAGGAGGCCAAGAGGCUGCAACAGAAGCAGCUUGAAGCCAUGAAUGAAGCAGACUUCGGUUUCGACGAGUCAGAAUGGAUGGACUCGAACAAGGAUGCCGCAGAUGAAGCCGAGGGUGUGGGAGUCGUGACCGAAAAGCUUCCGCAAGUGGAGAUCACUGAGGAUAUGGCUGACGACGAAAAAAUGAAGAUCUUGAAGUCCAGAUAUCCCGAAUUUCAGCCACUGGCCAAGGAUUUCGCUGGCCUUCAGACCACAUACCAGGAUCUGCAAGCGGAGGCUGAAAAGGCCUCAUCCGCAAUUCUUAGGACGGAAGAUGAGGUCCCGCUUACUCCCAUAGCGGUCACCAAGCUGAGGGCUCUGUCAACAUAUCUUGCUACUAUCAACUUGUACUUCAUGCUUCUGGCUUCCUCCUCGAACGGCACUACCAAUGCUCCGAUGUCGCCAGCGGAGCUUCGACAGCACCCAGUCAUGGGCUCCCUGGUGAAAUACCGCAAACUCUGGGAAAAGGUCAAAGAUCUUGAAGUUCCGGAGACUUCCCGUGUCGUGCCAAAGGUACCAAUCACCAAAGCUACGCCCGCCAAGGUUCAAGAAAAGCCCAGCAAGGUCAAGGAGGCUGUUGCCACCAAGCCGAAAGAAAAGAAGCUGAGCAAGGCCGAACGAGCCGCCGCCGCAGCCCAGGCCGAAGCCGAAGCUCGUCGGGCUGAGCGUGUCCGCGAAACAGAGGCUGGCUUUGCCGAUCUCUCAGACCUGGUUUCCAAGUCAGCCACCAAACGCAAGACACAGAAGACCAAGGUCUCCAUCCAAGAUGAUGAUUCGGACUUCGGUGAUGAAAAUGCGCUCACAGCGCGUGAAGUGGAAGAGAAGCAGAAGCAGAAGCGCUCGCUACGCUUCUACACUUCCCAGCUUGCCCAAAAGGCCAACAGGCGUCACGCAGCUGGUCAGGACGCGGGAGGUGACGCUGAUAUUCCUAUUCGUGAACGGCUCAAGGACCGACAAGCCCGCCUCAAUGCGGAAGCCGAGAAACGUGGUCGUCAGCGACCCGAUAUUGGUGAAGAGCUGGGCGGUGAUAGUGACGACGAUGAUCGUCGUGUGCGCCAGGAACUUCGCAAGGGUGGUAACCAGUCUGGUACCGAUGAUGAGGAAUACUAUGACAUGGUUGCUGCACGAUCGAAGCAACGCAAAGACGAUAAAAAGGCGCGUGCUGAGGCUUACGCCGAAGCAGCCCGUGCAGGCGGCCAAGUGGAGAUACAAGAAGAGGUCGGACCUGAUGGCAAGCGCGCCAUUACAUAUCAAAUUGCGAAGAACAAGGGUCUCACACCGAAGCGGAGCAAGGACGUGCGUAACCCACGUGUUAAGAAGCGCAAGAAGUAUGACGAAAAGAAGAAGAAGCUGGGUAGUAUACGCCAGGUCUACAAAGGGGGCGAAGGUAGAGGUGGCUACGGUGGUGAGCUUACUGGUAUCAAAAAGAACCUGGUCAAGAGUGUCAAGCUCUAG